CAUUACUCCAUUAUUAUAAGUGGAGACUCAGGUAGAUUCUAAUUAUAUUUUCUAUUCAAAUAUUUAUUCCACGCCAAUUUGAUAUGAAUAACCUUAUUAAGUAAUUGAUUGUAAAGCAGAAAAUUGUAGGGAGUUCGAUAAAGAGGUUCAAGAAAUUGUAUUGAAUCAGAAAUGAUGAGCAUUACCGGAGAGGACAACUGUAGAUGUAAAAUAUGUGAUAAGCUUUUCUCUAAUGACAGUCAACUUAAAACACACAUGGCGAUUCACACAAGUGAGAAACAUUGUAGAUGUGAUACAUGUGAUAAAUCAUUUCAUUUCCUUAGUCGCCUGAAAGAACAUAUCCGCAUUCACACUGGUGAGAAGAAUUAUGAAUGUGAUAAUUGUGGCAAAGCAUUCUCAAGAAGCUCUCAUCUUCAAAGGCACAUUGCAAUUCACACUGGUGAGAAGAGUUAUAAUUGUGAUAAUUGUGGCAAAUCAUACUCAAGAAGCGAUCAUCUUCAAAUGCACAUGGCGAUUCACACUGGUGAAAAGAGUUUUGCAUGUCAAAUAUGUCAUAAAUCAUUUUAUUACCUUAGUACCCUGAAAAGACAUAUCCACAUUCACACUGGUGAGAAGAAUUAUGAAUGUGAUAAUUGUAGCAAAACAUUCCCAAGCAGCUUUUAUCUUCAAAGGCACAUGACAAUUCACACUAAUGAAAAGAACUUUGCAUGCGAAAUAUGUGAUAAAUCAUUUUCUUACCAUAGUUCCCUGAAAGGACAUAUCCACAUUCACACUGGUGAGAAGAAUUAUAAAUGUGAUAAUUGUGGCAAAACAUUCCCAAGCAGCUUUAAUCUUCAAAGGCACAUGACAGUUCACACUGGUGAAAAGAACUUUGCAUGCCAAAUAUGUGAUAAAUCAUUUUCUUACCUUAGUUCCCUGAAAGGACAUACCCACAUUCACACUGGUGAGAAGAAAUAUAAAUGUGAUAAUUGUGGUAAAGCUUUCUCAACUAGCUUUAAUCUUCAAAGGCACAUGGCAGUUCACACUGGUGAAAAGAACUUUGCAUGCCAAAUAUGUUAUAAAUCAUUUUCUUACCUUAAUUCCCUGAAAAGACAUAUCCGCAUUCACACUGGCGAGAAGAGUUAUGAAUGUAAUAAUUGUGGUAAAGCUUUCUCAACUAGCUUUAAUCUUCAAAGGCACAUGACAAUUCACACUGGUGAAAAGAACUUUGCAUGCCAAAUAUGUGAUAAAUCAUUCAGUAUUAAAUAUCAUCUAGAAAGGCAUAUGGUAAUUCACAGUGGCGAGAAGAAGUUCAAAUGUGAAGUCUGUGAUAAGUCAUUCAGAUUCAAAUAUAAUGUUAAAGGUCAUUUGAAAAUUCACACUGGUGAAAAAAAACAAUGUAUGUGGGGUUUGUCAUAAAGCCUUUUAUGAAAGUAGUGAUCUGAGAAAACUUAUGGCCAUUCACUUAGGAAUUUAGAAUUAUAAAUGUGAUAUUUGUGGUAAAUCAUUUACUCGCAAAUAUGGUCUUAAAAAUUACAUGAACAUUCAUACUGGUGACAAGAACAAUAUGUACGUGGGGUUUGUCAUAAAACCUUUAAUGGAAGUAGUGAUCUCAGA